UGAAUUUAACAACGAAGCGGACGUUCAACUGUUCGAAAAACAAAUACAAAUACCAACAAUUUCAAUAGAAAGAAAUCAUGGUUAAAUUGAGUUUCGUUUUACUAUUAAUUGGAGCCUGUAUGUUUGUGGGCUCCACAUGGGCUGCCAGCGAUUGCCCCGCAUCGAGCAAAGUUCAGAAUUGUACACCAAAAUGUUUGCAUGACAGCGAAUGCAGUGCCAUAGGUGGUAAAUGUUGCCCGAAUCUCUGCAAUGGACGCAGCUGUGCUCAACCUAAUCUAUUGGGUAAUUCUGGAGGUGAUAAAUCGCCAUUCGGUGAUAAGUAUUCUGGAUCCAGUGGCAGUUAUUGUGGCAAUGUGAAAUGUGGCAGCUUUGAGAAAUGUGAAACUGAUCGCAGCACCAAACGGCCAAAAUGUGUGCGAUCUUAAGGCAAGACUUUGAAGUGCAGUUUAAAUAAAGUUUGGUUUUUUACACUUGAA